GGUCUGGGUUUGUGAUCUUCCGAUUCACCGAACCUCAAGUUUCCCAAUCCUUUUUCUUUCUGGGGGGGUUGGGUUAAUGUUAAAAUCGAAAUUUAAACAUACGAGCGUUGAUUUUACGCUUUCGUCACUUUAGGGAUAAAAAGUUCGCAUUCGAUUUAAGUUAAAGAAGGGUCGAGAUUGACCACCGUCUGCAGGAUUCUUCGAUUCAUAGAGUUUGGUUAAGGUAAGGCUGUUACGUGAAUUUGUACAAAAAAAAGCAAAGGCAUGAGUUCGUUUUUAUCGCUCAUCCGAGAGAGCAAGAAGAAGCCAGAGACGAUCUCUUGUGGAGCAAUCAAUAUAGUUCAAGGGAGUGAACCAACUUGUUUUGUGUUGUCUUGAAGCUUUUGUUCUGCUGCUUGAAGGAUUGUGUUAUUGGUUUUUUCGCCGAUUUGUAUAAUGGGAAUUGUUUUGUUGGAGCCUCGUUGUCCAAGAAGCGUUGAUGGGAUUAGCAUUGAUCCUGAGCCUAACUGGAAUUUUGAUAGCUUAGUAUCUGAGAUCGCUUCUGUUGAAAAGAAGCUCAAUGCCUUUUCGAAGUUUCCUCAGCCAAUUACUGACACAGCCUCCUCAAGGAUGGGAAGGAGUAGUGGAGGCUUUGUAAUGCAUGUAUCUGAAGAUGAGAUGGACAGUGAUGAUGAGGAUGAAGAGAGUGAAGAAGAAGAAGAAGAAUAUAGUCAAAUCUGUACAGUGGGGAAACGUUUUGCCUGUGAUGAAUACUUGAGUGAUGAAUCUGAUGAUGAGUUUGACAAUGAACCUGAGUAUAUGAUGAAUAAGAUGGGCCUGGCUGAGAGUGCCCUAUAUGAUGUGAUUAACAACCACCAAACCGAAAUUAAGGACGACAUUAGGAAUCAAGUAACUGUUGUUGAAACGGAAAUAAUGAAUGAGAUUGAAACGUCUCGCUCUGCAAUAGCCCGGGUUGAGAAGUACAGCGAAACUCGAAAAGAAGUAGAACGGAAACUUGAUCUUCAAUAUCAGCGAAAAGUUGCUGAAGCACUUGAUACCCAUUUGACAGCAAUCCAACGUGAACAUGAAAUUAAAUCGCAAAUAGAAGAAAGAAAAAUAAGGAGCGAGGAGGAAGCCAGGAGGAGAGAAAGGGCUCAUCAAGAAGAGAAAAUACGCCAAGAAAAAGCUCGUGUAGAGGCUGAAAUGCUAGCAAAACUCAGAGCUGAAGAAGCAAAUAAAGAAAUUGAGAGAAAGGCAGCAAAAGAAGUAGCUGAAAAGGAAGAAGCAGAUCGCAAAGCUACUGAACAAAAACUUGCAGAAGAGAAAGCUGUGAAAGAGCGACUUAGUGUUGCUGCUAGUUCAGCUACAUCGAAUGCUCAAGCUGGGGGUAAAUCAAUCCAAGCUGCAGAAAAUGCUUUGACAUUGGAGAAGCACAGAUUGAAGAAGCUCGAAGAGUUGGAAGCAAUGAACCAAUCGCUAAAAUCACGUUCAAAUGAUGAUUUUAGCAGUUUUGAAAAGCGUAUAGGAAGAGUGAUAAGGCAAAUAAGUGGGGUAAAAGAUAAUGUAAGUGCGAAAAUCAAUGAAAUUAUCAAAAUAUUCAAAGACCCUAGUUGUCCAGUAUCCAUCAGUAUUGCAACUUUUGCAAAGAAGAUGGUCUCCUCUAAGCAAAACCCAUUUGCAUGCAGCUACGUCAUUGUUUACGUUACCUCGCAGUUUCCACAAGCUAUGGAUAUUCUUCUUGCUGAAUUCCACAGAGCGUGCAUUUACACUGUCCCAAAGCAUAUAGUAAACUCACAGUCAGCUUGGGAUUCAGAAGCAUAUGAACGCCUAGGUUCUAUAAUGAGGCUCUAUGGUGCGCUUGUCCAGACGGAUAUUCGAGGUGGCAAUGCUACUAACAUUCAUGGGAUAGAACAUGGAUGGGCUUGGUUAGCCCGGUUCCUUAACAAAAUCUCAGCCAACAACAGAGUUACUGCAACAGCCUUAAACGCCUUCCUCCAGACGGCAGGGUUUGGUCUUCAUCAGCGUUACAAAUCUCAGUUUGUGAAAGUUGUGAAUGUUGUGAAAGAGCAUUUCUUGCAGAGAUUGAGGGCGAAAAAGGACACAUCGGAUCUACAACUGAUCAUAGCCGAUAUCACGGCGUACUUAGAUGACCGGAUGUAUCUCAAGGAACCUGAAGGAAGAACUAUGAAGGCAAGUCUCUUGUCGACGGAGUUUACUGCUGAAUUAGAUCAGCAGAAUAACAAUCAGUCUUAUUACAGAAACUACUAUUGAUCUGAUGUAUCAUUGGCUAGAUAACAACCUCUCUCAGUUUUCAUUACACUGUUGUAACAUUUAAUCACAUUUGUCACACCAAUCUUUGAAAUAUCAAGAUGCCAGAAGCGUUCUUCUUCUUUC